UUAUGGUUGAAGCGUAAAGUAAGAUCGUCUUGUGGCGCCACCACAACUUUGAGAAGCUCCAAAUGGUCAUUUGCGAAUGCCUUGACCAUCUGCCAGCACCGCGCGAAGACGGUAAAAAAGCGAUGAGAGCAUCUCUAUACUUUGCAAGCUCUUAAAUGACGUGUCCAGAGAAGCGCAAAACGAAAGUUUACUGGGAGGCCACUACGGCUGAUGCUUCCAAAGACGAUGACCUCAGCAACACACACGAAGAGGCCAAUAGAGCGUCGUCUGCUUGCGUCGAUGACGAGGACCCCACUGCGGAACAUUCAUUUUCAUCUCCUCUGAAGAUGGUCACGACGAAGCUGCAUCGAAAGUUGCGGGUUCCUCCGUCUGCCUUAUUUACUCCACUGACGUAUGCAGUUGCAGCCAACUUCGACCUAGGACAAUUUGAUCUUUCCAGGCAGAGGAGACCUCGGCUAACGCAAUGUAGCGUCAAGUCGACAAAGAGUCUCGUUUUCCAAGGUGUACCUAAGGGCUAGCUGCUACACUUACUGUGCCAUCUAUGGCAAUCGUCCAGUUGGCUCUGAUAAAGGCGUGCUUAGUUUCGCCGGCAGUCUGCUGGUGGUCUGCUGAUAUUGUUCCGUCUGUAAAGGGAUGAAUUUCUCGCUGGUAUUCUGCUUGUACUAUCCUGGUAGACUCUGCUGUUAGUACGC